GCGGGAGAAUAAGAACAGACUGGCCAAUAGGACAUUAGAUCAACAUCAAGCGCCUCAAAGUAAACAUAUCAACAAACGACAAAAAUCACAUCGCUGUCACUAGAAAAUCCAAAAUUCUGCGAAAAACGUCGGGCUUCUACUAGCGCUUAUGUGUUUGUUGCUGUCGUUCUGUAUUUGAAAAACGCUUAUUUUGACCUUCAAGUAGUGAGGUUUUAACGUUAGCUCGUUAGCUCGCGAGCUGCGUUUACAUCUAUCCAUGUUGACGUGAGGUAACAACUGGACAUCGAUCGAUUCGAGGUUUAAUGCGUGCACUUGAAUUUGAACAGUUUAUUUGCAUGUGUACUGUGACCUGGCGAGUGAACCACCCCGGCAGCAACCCACACUCCUCCUCUUCCUGUUGUCGGUUUAUUCUGGGUAAUUUGUUCAAUCGCUUCAUGAAGUCGUCUUGAUAAUGCUAGCGCCAGCCGUCUAAGUCGAUCAAGCCUCAACAACACAGUCCUGCCAUGGCCCACAAUGGACAGCUUAGUCUGGUGGGCGGGUCGGCCACCGGCAACUCCGAUGGCUCUUCAUCCCGCCUUAGCCGACAGACGUAUAGAAGUUCGGCCCAUUCCCAAAGCCUGCUGGACAGCCUGCUGGGGCUCCGGCAAGCUGGCAUCCUAUCGGACGUGGUGCUGCUGGUGGAGGGACGAGCCAUCCACGGCCAUCGUGUGCUUCUCGCUGCCGCCUGCGAUUACUUUAGGGGGAUGUUCACCGGGGGCCUUCGAGAGAUGCAGCAGAAUGAGAUCCCAAUCCACGGCGUGUCCUUUUUGGCCAUGAAUAAAAUACUGGACUAUAUCUACACUUCAAAGAUCGAAUUAGAUCUGGACUGUGUGCAGGAAAUCCUGAUAGCGGCCACAUUGGUGCAGCUUGAGGACGUCAUUGGCUUCUGCUGCGAGUUCCUCUUCUCCUGGCUGGACGAGAGCAAUAUAUUGGAGAUUCAUCACCUCGCUGAUCUCUACGGACUGCGGCAGCUCAAUGCCAGAGUCCACUCCCACAUCCUGAACAACCUGCAGGGUUUGUCCCACACGGAUAUCUACCGACGGCUCCCCCAUGAGGAAGUUUUCCGAGUGUUGAGCAGUGACGAGCUGGAGGUGCAAAGUGAGAAUGAGGUGUACGACGCAGCGCUUCACUACCACUACAGUCCUGAGCAGGUGGAAAGUGACCAGGUGUACUUAAAGGACAGCCUCAAGAUGCUUGAUGCCGUGCGCUUCUGUCUAAUGGAGAAAGAAGUGCUGCAGAGGUUGCACGAUAAACUGGAUCAGUGCCCGCUAAAGGAAACCGUGUCUGCCGCCCUCCAUUACCACGAGCAAGAGAUAUGGCAGCCUGUCCUUCAGAGUCCUCUUACACAGCCUCGCUCCACCUUCUACUGCAUCUUGGGCUUCGGGGGGAUGUUCCCUUCCACCUCUCAUAUGGACAGUGAGCCCCUGUUCCAGGUGUUCCACCACAGCUGGAAAGAGUGGAGGGCACUUGACGCAGUGAACAGUCCUCGCAUGUCCAACCAGGGAAUUGCUGUGCUGAACAACUUUGUGUAUCUUAUUGGUGGAGACAGGAAUACCAGUGGAUUUCGUGCAGAGACUCGCUGCUGGAGAUAUGACCCUCGGCACAACAAAUGGUGCUCCAUCCAGCCUUUGCAGCAUCAGCACGCGGACCAUUGCGUGUGCGUGGUAGGAGGCCACAUUUACGCCAUCGGCGGUCGAGACUACAGCAAGGAGUUGGACUUGGUGGAGCGUUACGACCCGCACACUAACAACUGGGAGUUUGUGUCCCCUCUCAUCAGAGAGGUUUACGCGCAUGCUGGAGCUGUGGUAGAUGGCAACAUUUACAUCACUUGUGGACGCAGAGGGCGGGCGUACCUAAGAGAGACUUACUGUUUUGACCCGGCAGCCAACCAAUGGACAGCAUGUGCUGACGGGCCGGUGGGCCGAGCAUGGCACGGCAUGGCUGCUGUGAACGGACGCCUGUAUGUCAUUGGGGGAAGUAAUGACGAGUAUGGCUACCGACGGGAUGUCUUACAGAUGGCGUGCUUUGAGCCCUCAGACAACUCCUGGACUUUACUGAGCCCGCUCCCCGCUGGCCACGGGGAGCCCGGCAUCGCAGUGUUGGAUCAUCGCAUCCACGUACUGGCAGGGCGCUCUCACAACAAAGGCAAACGGAUGAAAUACGUUCACGUGUUCAACACCGACACGGAUGAGUGGGAGAGCGAGACGCCCAUGAAGGAGCGCGUUUCGGGCCUGGCAGCCUGCGUGGUGCUCAUGCCACCAGCUGUGAUGGCACUCGCAAAGACCUUGGAGCAACAUCUCAAAGCAUCAUGGGAAGAUGACUUUUUCAGCUCACACACCAGCACCGAUGAAGACUAAUGGGUACGUGGCUGAGUAUGAAAGACACCUUUCAUCAUGUUAAUCUUACUCAGUAUUUAUGGCAGCAUUAUGUCAUGCUUACUGACCUUUCUUCGUGCCUCUUAAAAACACCCCGACUGUUGCCAAUUGUGAUCCAAAUCUGAAAUUUUUGCCCGAAUGUCACCCAUAUUUGAUUUUUUUUUUUUUUGUUUGUUUUCACAUCCUUCCUGGGUCACUUCCAUAUGUGGUCUUAGAUUGGUUCUAUAUCCGACCUCAGUCUGAAUGUUCAGGUCGCAUUUAUCAAACCUAAAUGUCAUCAAAAGCCCAAUAUGUGUUCCACGCAAGCUGGGAAAGAAUCCUGGGGAGACUACAGACAAUCGUCUGUGAUUCUGCAAAAUUAUUUUGAGUAUUCUUACUGACUUUCUCAUUUGACAUAAAGCAUCAAGUGGAAAUUUGUGGUGAUAGUCGUGGUUCAGCCAUGCAGACGAUUCAUUUAUUCUGCGAUGACAUGAAGUCUUCUUCAGUAGAUGUCUCCAUAAAAUGAGGAGAUCGAAAAGCCUCACCUCAUUUCCACCAAACAUUUCUACCUCCUCCCAGAUCGCUCCUGUGUAGAUAUGAGACAAUAAAAAGAUCAGCCCCUCGACAUGUCGGACCAUAUUUAUUUACGUAAACACGACAUUUUGAGUGACAUCGUCUGUUCUCAGGUCACUUUGGGGACACAUUUGGUCCACACACCAGGCGGACUGAAUCGCAAUAAUCCAGUUAGCAAUGGUCAUAAUGGUGGAUUCUGUGGAUCUGAUUGUUUUAAGCCCCGUUUCUAUAGCGCAUGUUCUCAUAUGGGGCACAGUGAGCUCAAGGCUAUCCCAGCUAACUUUGGGCUAGUAUAUCUGUUUGACAAGGGGUUUGCACCAUUAUACUCAAAGAGCCAUUUCGUUCAAAGAUGCAGGGUUGUAUUCAUGGAAUUAAGGCCAAACUGAAAUUAUCCACAAGCAGUGAACCAAUAAUGAUGACCAAAAAUAUCGGCCGCUUCUGUGUUGCGUCAUCAUCCAUGUGUUGAUUAUGUAUUCUGCACUUUUCUGGCCUGCCUAGGUGUCUUCAAGAAAACUGUCUUUAUGCAUUUAUUUUUGACCGCCACCUACCAUGCGAUCUGUGGAAAAAGAAGCUGACUUCCAUUUAAAAACCGUCAUGUACAGAUUGUUGAAUAUAAGCCUCACCCCCCAUAUUAUGUAUUUUUUUUUUUUUU